UAUGAAUAGAUAUACUUCUGAACUGUGAAGUCCUCCGACGUUUGCUGGAUAUGCUCAUCUGCUAUGGUUUCUUCUCUGACUUCACUGUUCGUCCAAGCCAUUCCAUGCGAAAGGAUCUCAAGGUAUAAAAGAAAGAAAUGCAUGAGAUUAGUGAGCAUGCAAGGAACAUCAGAACCUAAUAAUGUUUUAGCUGAUUUACCAGUAGUGCUCGAGGCAAGUUCUGCUCCUUUAGUUCAGGCCUUAAAGUCUACUGCAGAACAAGAUGUUGCUUGUUUUCACUUCCCAGGACAUAACAGAGGGAAAGCAGCUCCUAAUUUGUCCAAUCUUACUGGUCCAGGAGCUUUUCUACAUGACCUACCUGAACUCCCAGAGUUGGAUGAUUUGUUCUCUCCAAAAGGUGCAAUUUUAGAUGCUCAGGCAGAAGCUGCAAAAUUGUUUGGGGCGUCUGAGACAUGGUUUCUUGUUGGAGGCACCACUUGUGGCAUACAAGCGUCCAUAAUGGCUACAUGUUGCCCAGGUGAUGUACUCAUUCUCCCAAGGAAUGCUCACAUUUCUGCAACCUCGGGUCUCGUUCUGUCUGGUGCAGUGCCAAAAUACAUUCUACCUGAGUAUAAUUCUUGUUGGGAUAUUGCUGCCGGAAUAAGGCCAUCGCAAGUUGAAGCCGCAAUAAAAGAGUUGGAGGACGUCGGAAAAACAGCAGCUGCAGUUCUCAUCACUUCUCCAACAUAUCAUGGCAUAUGCAGUAAUCUGAAUGAGAUUACUAAAGUUUGUCACUCCCGAUGUAUUCCUGUAAUAGUGGAUGAAGCACAUGGUGCUCAUUUCGGGUUUCAUCCUAACUUUCCAAGCACUGCUCUUGAACAAGGUGCAGACUUAGCUGUCCAGUCUACCCACAAGGUUCUAUCUUCUCUGACACAGUCAUCAAUGUUACAUAUGUCUGGGAACCUUAUAGAUACGGAGAGAAUAAGCAAAUGUCUUCAAAUGCUGCAGAGCUCCAGCCCAAGCUACCUAUUACUUGCAUCAUUAGAUUCUGCAAGAGCUCAGCUAGGGAAAAAUCCAGAUGCUAUUUUUUGUGAUGCCGUGAAUUUGUCCCUGGAAACCAGGAAAGAAAUUGGAACAACUGCAGGUGUCUCAUUACUGGAUUUGUCUAGCUUUCUUUCUGGUUUUACUGCUAUUGAUCCUUUGCGUAUCACUCUUGGUGUCUCACAGCUCCAUAUAUCAGGCUACAUAGCAGAUGAGGUAUUGUGGGAAGGACAUCGCAUAAUACCUGAGCUUGUAGGAAGCAGCUCACUAACAUUUGUAAUCAACCUGGGGACUAGCAGGAAAGAUAUUCAAAGACUUAUUUUAGGGGUAAAGAAUCUGUCCAGGAAUUUCUUUAAUGGAAACAAAAUAAAGUCUGAUGUAUGGAAUGGCGUACGUGCUCCAGCUACAUACUCUUCUAUGCAACUUAGCCCUAGGGAUGCCUUUUUUGCGAAGAAAAGAAGGGUAAAUAUUAGAGAAAGUGUUGGGGAGAUCUGCGGGGAGUUAAUCUGUCCAUACCCACCUGGUAUUCCAGUCCUGAUUCCUGGUGAGGUCAUUACUGAGGAAGCUCUAUCCUAUCUGUUACGUGUUUUGAGAAUGGGGGCUGCAAUUAGGGGAGCCGCUGAUCACCAGCUCUCUUCCAUAUUGGUGUGUCGUAUAUGAUGGAACAGGCGAUCAAUUUUUGACGCUAUUCAGAUGGGAUAUUAGCUUAAAGAGGGAGAAGGAUUAGACUAAAACACAUGGAAGGCCUAUUUGCUCUUAGCCAAAUUGUUUGAAGGGUGUUCAAGGAUGGAUGUGCAAAGUAUCUGAGGAAUUUAUCCGACUUCUAGAAAACUUCUGGAAAUUUAUCAUGCAGAGCAACAUCGACAGCACGUACGAAAGCUAGCCUGAUACAGUCAACCUCAAGGCUGUUAUAUUAAUAUUUGUUUCAAUAGUAGUUAAUCAGCAUGAAAAUGUUAUUUUCACUUGAUAUAGAAAUAAGAAAUCGUAGCACGAUCAACCUUCAUUA